AUGUCCGACGUGGAAUUUGGACGGAUGUCUUUCAAAGAGCCUGAGCUAGAGACCAAGCGUGGCCCAACCCAGCCCCACUGGUACGAGCGCUACCUGCAGCCUUGCAUCGGGGAGCUGGUGGGCUCGGCCUUCUUCAUCUACAUUGGCUGCGUUUCGGUCAUCGAGAACUCAGACGGCACCGGGAGGCUGCAGCCGGCCUUGGCUCAUGGGUUGGCGCUGGGACUCAUCAUUGCCAUUCUGGGGAAUAUCAGUGGAGGCCACUACAAUCCGGCCGUUUCCCUGGGGGCCUGGCUCGUCGGUGGGCUGAACAUGGUGAUGGUCAUUCCGUACUGGGUCUCCCAGUUGUGCGGGGGAAUGAUUGGAGCUGGCCUAGCUAAGGUAACCACAGUGUGGGAGAGGUAUGAAAAUGCCACAGGAGGAGCUUUCACGGCCAUCACCUUGGAUCGCCAGCUCCCAGCUGCUGUGGUGGGGGAGAUAGUGAUGACCAUGCUCCUGGUGAUGGCUGUCUGCAUGGGGGCCAUUAACGAGAAGACCAAGAGUCCACUGGCACCCUUUUGCAUUGGCCUCACGGUCACCGUGGACAUCCUGGCUGGGGGAGCCGUUUCUGGAGCCUGCAUGAAUCCUGCCAGAGCUUUUGGCCCCGCAGUGGCUGCCAACCACUGGGACUAUCACUGGGUGUAUUGGGUGGGCCCCAUGGGGGCUGCACUUCUGGUGGGUGCAUUGAUAAGGUUCUUGAUCGGGGACAGCAAGACGCGCUUCUUCCUCAAGUGAGGCGCCCUGCGAGGACCACCGCCUCGCCUUCCCCGCGCGACCCCAGGCAGCCGCAGCCCUCCUGGCCCGGGGAAGAGACUGGCAGAAGCGAGGCUCCGCCAAGCACUCAAUUUUGCCCCUGAAAAACGGGGC